AUGCCUGCAAGACGUAAGCCUUCUGCGAGAGCUAAAGGUCGAAAUACGGCAACGUCCACUCCUGCAGUAUCUAGUCGAGCUACCUCCCGAGACUCAAGCUCCCUCUCGCCCGCGAAGUCACCGGGGAUUGAAGUAGCUGCGGAUGAAGAUAUUGAUCUUGAAGGUGGAGACGAACAAGAGAUGGAUGACGCACAGUUCGAGAACGGAGACGAUGAAGAAGAGCAGGACGAAACUCAGAUAGAAAAUGAUGAUGGCGAGGAGGAGGAUCAAGAUGACGAAGAAGAGGAAGAUGAAGAGGAUGGCAGCGAUGAGGACGAGGAGGACGAGGAGGAGGACGAAGACGAAGAAGAGCAAGGAAGCGACGACAACGAAGAGGAUGAAGAGGAAGAGGAUGAAGAGGAAGAAGAUGAAGAGGAAGAAGAUGAAGAGGACGAGAAUGUGACAGAAGAGAAGGAUGGAGCCGAGUCUGAUUCGGAUGAUACUGAGUCGGACGAAGAGAAUGGUAAUAAAGGAAAAGCAAAAUCGAAAUCGAAACCUAAAACCGGCAGUGCAUUUGAUAACGAGGACGAUCUUGUGCAAGAAGAGGAUGCUGCAUUUACCAAAGAUGAUACAUCUUGUCCGCCCUCCUUGAAAUUCUAUUACCCUCUUCCCGUUGAAAGACUUUCCGAUCAACCUGAACCUCACAGAUCGUUCAAAGUUGCUCGAUUCCUCAAAUGUCAAGCUCCCGAUUGCGACUGUGAAGGAUUACAGCCACCUCCAGAUCAUGUCCUUGAGAUUGGAGACUCACCGACCAAUGAAAAUCAAAAUAGUAAAGAAGCCAAAUCGCACAGGAAGCAAAAGAAAGGAGAAUCAGACGAUGAGGACGAAGAUGGAGAUAUCAGUAUGUCAGAUGAUACGGAAGAGAGGCGGAGACAGAUGUGGAUCAACGAGAAAGGAUGGUGGAAGAUGUGUGGGAGAUGUAAACAUGGGUGGGAUGGGGAAGGCCAUGUAUGGCCUAAAGAUUUGAGUACGUCGGAGAAGAGAAGAAGGACAAACGUAGUGGGAAGAAUUGAGGAGAUUCUGAAGGACGAGAAACUUCUUCUUACAUUCCCUACUCCUAAGAUAGAACAGACAGAAGGCUUGUUCAAACAGCUAGACCAUUUCCAUCGACCCUCUGGUAAACGACCUACUGUACCUGGCUUGCCUGAACCAUCAAAUAUCACUUCGCCUCAAGGUUCCGGAUCUGGUGAAACACCUCGAGAGAGGGAAACCAGUGAGCUAGAUCUACAUGGAGAAGACGGUAACGAACAGAGACCAAGGAAGAGACGGAGGAGCGGAUCUUCUCAGAGUCAAGAUGAGAUUGAUAUCGAUGACGAGGCGAAUAAACCUCAUAAACAUGGAAAGAAGAAACCCGGUAAAACCGCUGGGAAAGGUAGAGAACCCCGUACGGUCGUCAGAGGUACCCAUGGAAUAGUAUCUAUGGAAACUGAUGCGGACGGAAAUCAACAUGUCGCUGGGAAACCAGAUCAGGAAAAGAACGAAGAUGGAGAGGAAGAGGACGACGAAGAGGAUGUCCCACUUGCCAAAAGGCCGGAGCUGGACGAACAGGAAAGAAAGCGAAGGACAGAAAUCAAGGAAAAGGAAAAGGAGAAAGAAGAGGAAUUGAUGAGAAGGCUGACGAAAGGUGCGAAUGCGGAUCAUGGUCGAGAUGGCAUAGGAGAAGCUCAAGGGAUAGAUGUGGAGAUAUGGGAAGGUGUCGAAUUGCCCAAAUUGCCACUUCGUCCAGCUGCUAUAGAACAACAGAAUGAAGAGAUACGAUUACCAGUCGUGUCAUCAAGAAAUCCCACACCUGUAGCAACUAUCCUGUUGAUCGGGCUGAAAAACCUAUUUCAACGUCAGUUACCAAAAAUGCCUAGAGAGUAUAUUACAAGAUUGGUUCUGGAUAAAAAUCACAUCAGUAUGGCCAUUGUCAAGAGAGGGUGGAAAGUCGUUGGUGGAAUUUGUUAUAGACCUUUCGAAAGUAGGGGAUUUGCGGAGAUUGUGUUCUGUGCUGUUGACAGUUCUGAGCAGAUCAAGGGUUAUGGUUCUCAUCUCAUGAACUCGCUCAAAGAUCAUGUACGCGCAGCUCACCCCACUAUCAACCAUUUCUUGACGUAUGCCGAUAAUUACGCCGUUGGAUAUUUCAAGAAACAAGGCUUCACCAAAGAGAUCUCGUACCCAAGAGAAAGAUGGGUGGGGUAUAUCAAGGACUAUGAAGGUGGUACGAUCAUGCAGUGCACUAUGUUGCCGAAAGUUAAAUACAUGGAAGUGCACCAGAUGUUAGCUGAUCAGAAGGCGGCAAUACUGGCAAAAAUACGGACCAUAUCAAGAUCGCAUAUCGUACAUCCCGGUUUAGCGAUUUUUAGAGAUAGGAAACCUGGCGAGGAGAUCAAAUUGAGUAAAGAGCAGGUGCCUGGAUUAGCUGAAAGUGGUUGGAACCCUGACCUCGAUGAUAUUAUUCGACAACCUAAGCGUAACCCCCAUCAUGUGUUAUUACAGCUCGUCCUCAACGAUAUGCAGAACGAACCUUCCUCGUGGCCAUUUACCAAACCUGUUGAUGGAAACGUGGUGGUGGAUUAUUAUCAGGUGAUAAAGGAGCCCAUGGAUCUAUCGACCAUGGAAUAUAAACUUGAGAAUAACCAUUAUGAGACUGUAGAAGAUUUCGUCGGCGAUGCUAAAUUGAUGUUUGAUAAUUGUAGGCAAUACAAUGGUGAAAAAUCAACUUAUACGAAACAAGCCAAUUCGUUGGAGAAAGCUUUAGACAAGAUAUUGAAAAAGAGACAAUCUGUGUUGUAA